UAAAAUUAUCUCCAUCUGCAAAUCCUAGGCCGAACUUUGGACCAUACCAAGCUGAAUGUGACAUUGUCACCCGAACAACCUCUUCCCACUUCUUUCCCACAACUCCUUAUCUUCUCCCUCUCUCUCUCUCUCUCUCUCUCUCUCUCUCUAUUUCUCCAGCCACCGCUCUCCUUAAGCCAUUAUCAAUGGCUGAAAGCUGUUUAAUCUCUACACCAGCACUCUUCACCACCAAAAAACAAAACCCAUUUCUUUCACUUCCCUCAAAACCCAUCAAGCUCUCACCCAUCUCGUUCUUAUCCUCACCAUCUUUCUAUUCAUGGGUCUCCCUCAAAUACAAGUCUUCACCUUUCCAUGUUGUCCCACGUGUGGCUCAGACCUCAGACUGGGCUCAACAAGAGGAAGAAGAAGGUGAGCAGAAACAAGUUGCAGAGGACGGAGAAGAGGGUUUGAGUUGGAAGAGUCAAGGGUUGGGGGAGACAGUAGCUAGUGUUGCUUCUGAUGGUGGUGGUGAUGGUUGGGGAGGUGGAGAAGAGAGUUCUGGAGAAGGGGUUUUGGGUGGGGGUGAAGAAUUUUAUCCUGAGCCACCUGAAGAGGCCAAACUCUUUGUGGGUAAUUUGCCGUAUGAUAUGGACAGUGAGAAACUAGCCGAGGUCUUUAAUGAAGCUGGAGUUGUUGAGAUUGCUGAGGUGAUUUACAAUAGGGAAACAGAUCGGAGUAGAGGGUUUGGGUUUGUCACUAUGAGUACUGUUGAAGAAGCUGAGAAGGCUGUGGAGUUGUUCAACCGUUAUGAUAUAAACGGAAGGGUUCUAACUGUAAACAAGGCUGCUCCUAGAGGAUCACGGCCAGAACGACCUCGAGUGAAUGAACCUUCUUUCAGAAUCUAUGUUGGUAACCUACCAUGGCAAGUGGAUGAUGCUCGUCUGGAGCAAGUUUUUAGUGAACAUGGGAAGGUGGUUAAUGCCAGGGUAGUUUUCGACCAGGAAACAGGCCGUUCACGUGGGUUUGGCUUUGUUACAAUGUCUAGUGAGACAGAAUUGCAAGAUGCCAUUGCUGCUCUUGAUGGACAGAAUUUGGAUGGCAGAGCGAUCAGGGUAAAUGUUGCCGAAGAACGACCAAGGCGUCGUUCAUUUUCGAUUUGAAAGGAUUGCAAGUCAAGACUUAGCCUUACCUCUUCAAGCUUAGUAUAAUACUUUUGGCAGAUGGAAUUCCAUCAUUUUUUUUUUUAAUUGUUUCCUUUUCAAGGAGAGUGAGGAAAGCUUUAUGUUAGAAGUUUGAAGUUCCCUUUUGCCUGUCUGUUUUGUCACUGAAUUGAUCUCCGUAUUCUCUUGGUAAUUACAGCUUAUCAGUCCACAAUAA